UCAGUUGAAGUUGGAGCGUGUUCAGAAUCGGUCGGUUUCACGCGCGCUCUCAGCUAUCUUGAAAAUUCUUUGAGCUAUAAUAAAGCCAUAUUAUUUUUGUUCCAUACCGCGGAAUACAGUUUUAUCUGUGAAGUGACCUAUUGUAUAAUUAUCAUCGGCCGUGUUUAUAGCAUACCUACCUAUACCUAUAUAUAUAGAGAAAAAAAAGGAAAUCUGAAAACCAAAAACAUUGUCUUAGCGAAUCGUUUUGGAAAGUCUUAACCUCCCCCACUCUUGCCCAAUAGUUUUUGCGGACGGUUUCGAAUUCGCGUUUAUUUUUUGGUUUUUAUUUUUGUGAACUCUCCACUAUCGCGUUGUGUUGUGACAUCACGAACACGAUUACGAUAUUGUCUUGGCUUGUCUUGUCGUCAUUGUCAUCGCAGUUCGUAUUCGCAGCGUUCGCAGCUCCGGUUUCGGUGUUCGGUAUAAUAUUCGUUGUGCUUGUGUGUCUAUUUGGCAAAACUGCUUUUUCGGAGUCCAUCUCUCGGUCCAGCUAGUAUCCAACUAUACUAUUUUAUCUUUGAUUCAACGUUUUGUGCAAAUUCUUUGUUUUGAAAUUAAAAUAAAUACAAUUUAAAUUAAUUCAAUAUAAUAAAAAAUAAAAAGUGUCAAGUGUGCAAAAAAAAAUCGUGUAAAAAAGAAUCACUUUGGAAAAUCUAUUUACGAGUAAUUCAGAAUUUAAAACAAACAAAAAAAUCAUCAUCUUUUCUGCAACAACGCAAAACAAACCUCAUUAUCGACGGAACAGUCAUUCUGAUACUUUCAACAUUUAUAGCUGAGCAGUGAGCAGUUAGCAAUUAGCAAUUAGCAGAAUGCAAUAAAUUUCUCCAGCAGAUACGGGUAUGUACGAGUUCAUCUGAAUGCAAACGCAAGGAUACAAACAACGAGACUUUUAUACAAAAUAACAGCAUCAACAACAACAACAGCAAUAAAAACAAUAAAACAGCAGAAUAAUAGAAAAACAUUUUUGGAUUGCUCUUCGUGCUCUUGGAAUAAAAUUUGCAUUUUGGAUUCGCAUUUUGUAUGCAACAAAGGAAUUUAACUGCUGGUGGCAUUGAAUAAUUAAGUAAUCAAAAGGAUAUAUAAAUGUAAUCGCACUCAAGGCCACUACUAUUUAUCCAAUAACUCGAAUGAUUUUCGCUUUUCAAAUAAGGAUUAAUUAAAAAUCUCGGUCUUUGAUUUACUUUGUGGAGAUUUUAUAAUAAAACCCAUCCGCAUUACCACUCCAAUGAGAACCAUGUGGACGCACUGAUAUUUAGUUUCCUUAUUUUUUGAUUUCCAAAAGUUUUACCCAUCCAGUUCAUUAUUGAGUUUUGGAGUUUCCGAUUUUUUCGUUAUUUUUUUGUUGUUUUGAUUUCGUUUUAAUUCUUUUUUAUUAUUCCUCCGUAUAUUUUAAACUAUAUUGACAUCACCAAAUUUUUUAACCAACCAAACAGCCUCCCUACUCCCUUCCCCCUUUAAACAAAACUUACCGAACAAAAAAAUUAUAUAAAAUACUUCCGCAUGUUCGCACAAAUUGAGAACGCCUCCGUUCAUAAAUCAAAAUUAAAACAAAAGCCUUACCAUUGGAGCAGCAUUAGUAUAGUACUAGUAGUAGUAGAAGCAGCAUCAGUAGCGGCAGAAAAAUAAAUCAAAAUUAAAAUCAAUAAAAAAUAAUGUAUUUGUUCAAAACAAUAAAUCAAAAGGAUGUCAACAAUUCGACGUUGCUAUCGGCUUAUGCCAAACAAUGCCCGGCCAGUAGCCGAAGGAGCCAAUCAAAAACCUCUGCCCAGAGUCAAAAUAAAAGUUCAUCUGUGCUGGAGUCCAUUUUAUUACCAUCAACAUCAUCCCUAACGGGCUGGAUUGGGGCCGAAUGUGAAUCCUCAGCGUCACUACUAAGGUCGUCCUCGUCAUCAGCGAGGAGGACAUCCUCUGCAUCACUGUCAAAUUGCAAAUUACCGUCGUUAUUACCCGCGAAUUCAAGAAACAGUACGAAAGUGUUGCCGUCGUCGUUUGCGUUAUCGUCGUCGUCAUCGUCAACGUCAUCGUCAUCGAUGCGUUUUCGAACAAAUUGUAAAAAGAUUGAAAAGAAUCUCUGUAAAUAUGUGAUUAUUGUUGUUUUAGUAUUUUUAUGUGGUUUUCAAAUAUCUAAUGUAAAUUGUCUUACGAAUAAUUCCUCGUCGUUUAAUAAUUCCAUAAAAUUUAAUAAUAUUAAUAAUAAUAGUUCAAAAGCUACAAAUAGCAAUAGAAGUGUAAUUGUAAAUAAUAAAAAUAAUAACAACAAUGGCAACAUUUUAUCGAUUGACAACGAAUUGAUCGACAGAUGGAGCAGCAGUAGUGAAAAUAAUGAUAGUAAUAGUAGGAUCAGUCUCAAUGAAAACGAAGACGCCAUGAAUGCGAUCUUCAGUGAAUUUAGUGACGCAUUUCAGGUCCUUAACCUACAAACAAGUGGUGGUGAUAGUAAUUAUAAUAGUGAUUUAAAUUCGGAUAGCUUAAGUAAGCGCAAGCAACCCCAAAUGCCAGUUUAUUUAAAUGAAUUCGCUGUGCAUAUACCGGCUGGCUGGGAAGUAGCCGAUGCGAUUGCCUCAAAAUAUGGAUUCACAAAUAUGGGACAGAUCGGCAGCUUAAAGAACUAUUACCUGUUUCACCAUAGACAUAUUUCCAAGCGUUCCCUAAGCACCAGUGAUUCACACCACAGCGCCUUAAAAUCAGAACCUGAGGUCCGAUGGAUGCAACAGCAACACGAAAAGCUGCGUCCCAAACGCGACUACAAACCAGAAUAUGCUAUACCUGUAGAUUACAACCCUUAUGAGGUGUUAAGGCCCUCCGGAACGGGCUACGACCGUGUGGUAUACCAACCAUCAGCAAGUGGGCCAUCGGCAGUACAUCGACCGACGUCGACACUGAUGCGCCACCCAAGGAUUCAGUACAGAGACGCUGGGCCGCACAAUAUUUUUCCAGAUCCUUUAUUCAAGGAGCAGUGGUACUUGAACGGUGGCGCCAAAGAUGGUCUGGAUAUGAAUAUAGGACCAGCUUGGCAGAAAGGAUACACCGGAAAGGGCGUCGUCGUAUCCAUACUAGAUGAUGGCAUCCAAACAAAUCAUCCCGACCUUGCACAAAACUAUGAUCCGGAUGCUUCUUAUGACAUAAAUGGUAACGACUCGGAUCCUACACCCCAGGAUAAUGGCGACAACAAACACGGCACCAGGUGUGCGGGUGAAGUAGCUGCUGUAGCAUUUAAUAAUUACUGUGGAGUUGGUGUGGCGUACAAUGCUAGUAUUGGAGGCGUCCGGAUGUUGGAUGGCAGCGUUAAUGAUGCCGUCGAAGCAAAAGCACUUAGCUUGAACCCCCAACAUAUCGAUAUUUAUAGUGCCUCAUGGGGACCUGAAGACGAUGGUUCGACGGUCGACGGCCCCGGCCCAUUGGCAAGACGUGCAUUCAUCUAUGGAGUUACGAGUGGUCGUCAGGGCAAAGGUUCGAUAUUCGUUUGGGCUUCUGGCAAUGGCGGACGUUAUACAGAUUCCUGCAACUGUGAUGGAUACACAAAUUCAAUAUUCACUCUGUCAAUAUCAAGUGCCACACAAGGCGGAUUCAAACCCUGGUAUCUAGAAGAAUGUUCCUCAACACUGGCGACAACCUACAGCUCUGGCACACCCGGUCAUGAUAAAAGUGUAGCAACAGUCGAUAUGGACGGCAGACUGCGUCCCGAUCAUAUUUGUACUGUCGAGCAUACCGGCACCUCAGCGUCAGCUCCUCUAGCUGCUGGUAUUUGUGCAUUAGCACUCGAAGCAAAUCCAAAUCUAACAUGGAGAGAUAUGCAGUAUUUGGUGGUUAUGACAUCGCGCCCCGAACCAUUAGAAAAGGAAAGUGGAUGGAUAAUCAAUGGCGUCAAGCGGAAAUACAGCCAUAAAUUCGGCUACGGUUUAAUGGAUGCUGGUGGUAUGGUCUCGUUAGCGGAACAGUGGACAUCAGUGCCGCCACAACACAUAUGUAAGUCUCGGGAAAACAAUGAAGACCGCAAGAUCGAAGGCAGCUACGGCUACACACUUCAGACACACAUGGACGUGAAUGGUUGCGCGGGAACUAUCAAUGAAGUCCGCUACUUGGAACACGUACAGUGUAAGAUAACUUUACGAUUCUUUCCCCGAGGUAAUCUCCGAAUUCUACUCACAUCUCCUAUGGGCACAACGAGUACUCUUCUAUUCGAACGGCCUCGAGACAUCGUCAAAUCUAAUUUCGAUGAUUGGCCAUUUUUAAGUGUCCACUUCUGGGGUGAGAAAGCCGAAGGACGUUGGAAUCUACAAGUUAUAAAUGGCGGACGAAGACGGGUCAAUCAGCCAGGAAUACUCUCCAAAUGGCAAUUGAUAUUCUACGGUACUGCAGUUAAGCCCGUUCGCCUAAAGGGUGAUCUGCAGGAUCAAUCACGCAGAGGCCAGGGUCUUAAUCCAUUCGUCUUCCCAACGGACUCUGAUCUGGGACAAGCUGCAGGAGGUUUCUUCAACGCCGAUCAGUAUUCUGGUUACCUGAACUAUCAGAACCUGUUCACAGGGGCUGGCAGUAAUCCCGAAAAGGCAGUAGCAACAGUUGAUGGUCAUAAUAUUCCAACGCCGCAACGACAAAAUGUCAUGGCUGAUUCCAAUAACAAGCUUGUUUUGCAUGAUUGUGAUCCAGAGUGUGAUUCCCAGGGAUGCUAUGGUCGUGGACCGACUCAAUGCGUCGCCUGUAAACACUAUCGCCUUGACAAUACAUGUGUGAGUCGCUGUCCACCAAGAAGCUUCCCAAACCAGGGUGGUGUUUGCUGGCCCUGUCAUGAAUCGUGCGAAACAUGCGCCGGUGCUGGACAAGACAGCUGCUUGACAUGUGCUCCGGCCCAUUUACACGUCACAGACCUGGCUGUCUGUCUGCAACUAUGUCCCGAUGGUUACUAUGAGAACUACGACAACAAAACUUGUGUUCCAUGUGAGGCUAAUUGCGCUUCCUGUCAGGAUAGACCCGAUUACUGUACCAGUUGCGACCAUCAUUUGGUUAUGCACGAACACAAAUGCUACUCGGCAUGUCCACUUCACACCUAUGAGACUGAAGAUUACAAUUGUGCAUCCUGCCAUUCGUCUUGUGCCACAUGCAAUGGCUCAUCGGAGUCCCAGUGUAUAACAUGUCGUUCGGGGCGGUAUGCGUUGGAUGGCAAAUGUUUAAAUAGCUGCCCGGAUGGUUACUACUCGGACAAAAAGCGGCAGGAGUGUGUGGCCUGUCCUACGGGCUGUGCAACAUGUAGCAGUAAUGGAUUUUGCCUGAGCUGUAAGGAUAACUGGAUGAAGAAUAAAAAGGCAAAAUGCAUCGUAAACGGAAGUGAAAAUUGCGAUGAAUCUGAAUACUACGAUAAUGGGCAUUGUCAUCCUUGCCACUCAACUUGUGAGUCCUGCGACGGUCCUACGGAACGAAAUUGCCUCAGUUGUCCGCCAAGUUUGUUGUUGCAGACGAAUCGAUGCGUUAGCACCUGUGACGAAGGAUUCUACAUGGAAGCCGGUGUCUGUGCCAAAUGCCUGCACACAUGCACUCAGUGUGUAUCACGGAUGAACUGUACAACAUGCGCCAAAGGACUUCAAUUACAAAGUGGCGAGUGCAGGACUACUUGUGCAGAUGGAUAUUACAGCGACCGUGGCACCUGUGCCAAGUGCUAUCUAAGUUGUCACACUUGCAGUGGACCGAGACGUGACCAGUGUGUACAAUGUCCUGCUGGUUGGCAAUUGGCCAGUGGAGAGUGCCAUCCUGAGUGCCCGGAGGGUUUUUAUAAAUCAGAAUUCGGAUGUCAGAAAUGUCAUCACUAUUGCAAAACGUGCAACGGAGCUGGUCCAUUGGCAUGCACAGCAUGUCCUCUUCAUUUUAUGUUAGACGGAGGCCUUUGCAUGGAAUGUUUGGGAUCGCAGUUCUAUGAUUCACCAACCCAAACGUGCAAAACAUGCCAUGAGUCGUGUCGUUCGUGCAGUGGUCCUGGACAGUACUCAUGUCAAACCUGUGCAUUCCCUCAACACUUGGAUCGUCUCAAUAAUCAAUGUGUGCCUUGCUGUCCAACAGACUCAACCCCCGAGGAUCAAUCCUGUUGUCAUUGUGAUAAAGAGAGUGGAGGAUGCAUCAAUGCUUCACCAGCUGGGAAGCGUAGAAUUGCUGCUGGAGCCGAGCAACAAUUUGGCAGCCCAUACAACAGCUUCGAUGAUAGCUCUUCGAAUGGUGUCCUUGCACGUGUCGGUUCACCUCUUACGACAAUUACGGCUAUUGCGGUUGCCGGUUGUCUCCUCAUUGUCACCGUAUUCGCUGUCAUCUUUGCCGUCUUACAGCGUUCAAGUAACAAUUCAUUGAACAAAAAUCACAGCGGUAUUCGAUACAAUAAACUCUCAACAAAAAAGAAGCGAACUCGGCGAAAUUCCUCUUCAACAUUCUUAAAAAUGGAUAUAAACGAAGAUGAUGACGAUGACGACGACUACGAUGAAGAUAAUAACGAUGAUGAUUUAGAUGAACAAGACGAGGAAGAACAAGAAGACAAUAUUGAUGAGAAUGACCAAAUUUCCACUUCAGGCUCCAUUGACGAAGAUGACAAUGAAAUUGACGUAAAUGAAGAAAGUUCUAGAAAAUUUAAAAAAUGUAAAUCAUCUUCAUUAAGAAAACAACAUCAACUCAAAGACCAAAACAUCACAGCUGAAGAAACACAACCAAUAAUAUCACGAGUACAUUUAGCAAAAAGUAAAUCCAAUACAAACCGAACAAAGAACACCUCAAGGCUUUUAGCCAAAAAGAAUAAUCAAGCAGUAACUUCUUUCAAUAAUAAAAAUUUAAAUAAAAAACUUCAAGAACAAAAAGAAGACGAAGAAGUUGGUUUUAGGAAAACCGACGAAGUUGACAAAUUGACCUUUAAUAUCCACACAUAGAAAUGAAAACUAAUUAAUAAAAAAAUAAAUAAGAUUAUCUAAUAAGCAAAAUUAAAAUGAAAAAUAAUAAUAAUACAAAAAAUUUAAGACGGGCUCUUUACAAAAUUUUAAAUGUUACUUUUAUUAUUUUUAAUUAUUUUUAACCUUUGAACCUAUUACCUACCUAUUGUAUUUUUGUUUGUAUAUUUUUAAAUGUAAAUUUAUAGUGAUUUUCUUUUUUUUAAAUCAGUAAAAAAAAAACUGAACACUUCAAAUUAUUUUUUAUACACUUAUACCUUUUUAUUGUUUAUAAAUAUUUACCAUGAUUUUAGUUUUUAUAUUAUAAU